AUGCCUUUACGGUACGACCCUGAAUGGCGCUCGCAAGCAGGUCCGACGUUGCUGGACCAGGGCGAAGUGCUGCCAGUGGGGGAUGUAGCUACGAGGAGGAGUAGAUAUGACGCCUUGUUUGUGCAGUAUGUCUCUGAAGUUCCCGAAGACCUGGAACUGCAGGUAUACAAAGCCCCAGCACCGGACGGGUAUGAAGUAGAAAUUUUCCACCUUUCACACAAGGAGACAAAAGCAAAGCUUGGUGCCGGCGACAAGACCCCAGCUGUCUUGCACGUACAUGGUGGUGGUUUCAUCUCCGUCCGCGCUCGCAACAUCCUGGGCUCGAUCGCUCCGUUCGUCAGGGAGUCGAAGGUGCCCUUCUUCUCAGUCGACUACCGGUGGGCACCGGAGAACCCCUUUCCUACGCCCGUAGAGGACUGCUGGACCGCACUUCAAUACCUUCAUUCCAACGCCGAGGCCUUGGGAGUCGACAAGAGCCGAAUCGCCGUCAUGGGGGAAAGUGCCGGCGGCGGUCUUGCCGCCGGUCUGGCGGUGAUGGCGCGCGAUCGACGGCUAUCUCCAUCAUUGGCAAAGCAGAUCCUCAUUUACCCCAUGCUUGAUGACCGCACCGUUCUUGAUCACUCGGACGGACUCGCCAUCUUCAGCAUCAACGAUGUGUAUACCGGCUGGCAGGCAUAUCUCGGAGACGACUACGGAACAGACCGUGUCUCGCCGGUUGCUGCGCCCGCUCGUAUCACUACUGCCGAAGGUCUCCCAGAGCUGUACUUAGAUGUUGGCCAGCUGGAUAUAUUCCUUGGCGAGGAUCUCGCGUACGCCACCAAGUUCCUUUCGGCGGGGAUACAGACGGAGUUUCAUGUAUAUCAGGGCGUCAUACACGCAUUUCAGCGAUGGUCUCCCGGGUCCAGGAUUGUCAAGCAGGCCUUUAGAAACAGGCUUGGAGCUAUCUGUACGCUAUGA